CUGAGGGAGGGGCCCGCGCCGCGGCCAAUGGGACGCGGCUUUGUUGGCGGCGGCGCUGCCCGAGCGAGGAGGUUGCGAGGAGCCCGGCGGCGCUGCGGCCUCUGCGGCGUGAGGGGCGCGGGCAGGUGGAUACAGUCACACAGAUGGCAGAUAACAGUAAAACAGAAGAUACUGCUUCAGAUUCUCUGGAGGCUGCUAAAAAUGCAACCAACAAAAAAAGAAAAGCUGGCAGACCAAGUGAUGCAAAAUCCACAAGUCCUGGCAUCUCUUCAGGAGCGUCUUGACAACACAUCACUUACUCCUUCAAGUUACAUUGAAACUUUUCCAAAAGCAGUGAUAAGAAGAAUUGAUGCUUUGAAAAAGCUCCAGGUGAAAUGUGCCCAUAUAGAAGCUAAAUUCUAUGAAGAAGUACAUGACUUAGAGAGAAAAUAUGCAGCACUCUAUCAACCUCUUUUUGAUAAGAGAAGAGAGUUUAUUAAUGGAGAAGCUGAGCCCACAGACGCAGAGUCAGAAUGGCACAGUGAAAAUGAGGAUGAAGAAAAGCUGGCUGGAGACCUGAAAAAUGCAGUGGUAAUAGAUGAAAAAGCAGAAGAGACAAAUGUCAAAGGAAUUCCAGACUUCUGGUUUACUAUCUUUAGGAAUGUAGAUAUGCUAAGUGAAUUAGUACAAGAAUAUGAUGAACCUAUCUUGAAACAUCUGCAGGAUAUUAAAGUGAAGUUUUCUGAACCAGGACAGCCUAUGUCUUUCUCAUUAGAGUUCCACUUUGGGCCCAAUGACUACUUUUCUAAUUCAGUCCUGACAAAAACAUACAAGAUGAAGUCGGAGCCAGACAAGACAGAUCCCUUUUCAUUUGAAGGACCUGAAAUAGUUGAUUGUGAGGGGUGUACCAUUGACUGGAAGAAAGGAAAAAAUGUUACAGUUAAAACAAUCAAGAAGAAACAGAAACACAAGGGCCGAGGCACAGUUCGGACAAUUACUAAACAAGUACCUAACGAUUCAUUUUUUAACUUCUUCAGCCCAAUAAAGGUAUCUGGUGAUGGAGAGUCAUUGGAUGAAGACUCCGAAUUCACUUUAGCAGCAGAUUUUGAAAUUGGACACUUCUUCCGUGAAAGGAUAGUCCCUCGUGCUGUGCUGUAUUUCACUGGGGAGGCUAUAGAGGAUGAUGAUAACUUUGAAGAAGAUGAAGAAGGUGAAGAGGAGGAGUUGGAGGGGGAAGAGGAGGGAGAAGAGGAGGAAGAUGCAGAGAGUGAUCCUAAGGUGUAAUAUAAGUCUGUUAUUCAUUCAUACAUUUCUAGAAAGAGUCCAGCCAACCUGCUGAAUGCAAACAACAGUAAUAAGGAAAUACCACUUGGAUAUUUGAACAACUUGUAACAAAUAGUUGGAUACCUGGCCUGCAGUUCAGGAUAUUCUAUCGCUGCAGCACAAUCUUAUUAACAAUGCUUAAAGAUAAUUUGUUUUAAAAUGCAUGAUUUUCACUAACUUUAUUGCUUAACAUGUACAGUGGCAACUUCAAUGCAUUUGGGAAAUAUGAGGUUUAAAUAAAGCACACUCUACAGCC